AUGUCAGGCCGUCCUCGCGGUCGUGCUCAGGGAGGCGGAGGGGGACCCCCAGGAGCAGGACAACAAACACAACUUCCCCAACACACUGUUCCACGUGAGGUGAACGGAAUCUUCGGCGGCACUGCACCAAACCCAGACCCGAGCGUCACUGCUGCCGAAGACGCCUUGCUUCCUACGACUCGAGACAAGUCAUUCGAAUUCACCUACACAGUGAAGAACAAAUCGCCUGCACCAGACGAACUUGAUUUCACGGUUAGCAUGCCAGGGCGUCGUGGAUAUGGCACCGAGGGCCAAGAGAUCACGUUGCGGACCAACUAUUUCAAGUUCAACAGCGACAACACGAUCCUCUUCCGGUACGACCUCUCUUUAGGUUCGGACAUCAGCAGACCAAAGAGACGUCGGCUUAUUGACGAGGUCUUGAGGGACGCCAUGUUCCAAGGCAAAGCAGUCGCCACCGACUACUCAAACGUCAUCAUCACAACCAGCAAGCUCAAUAUCGGCAAGGGUUGGAGCGUUGGCAAGGACAUGGUCGUGCCUACUGAACCUGGCAACACCCCCCAGAAUGUCAAUCAAACCGCUGUUCCUGGUUUCGUCGUCGCAGCUCGAGCUCGAAACACUGUCAAGGUGAAGCUCGAGCUUGGCACUCAAUUCACUCCAAACGACUUGGUGCAGUACCUGAGCAGCAACGCACCAGGAGCAGAGUACCUGUCCCGCGACGAGCUCAUCCAGGCUUACAACAUCAUCAUGUGCAAGCGUCCGCAGGAAACAGAUGGAAUUGUCAAAGCUGGCGGGAACAAAUUCUACCCAAUUGCCGAGCAGCAGGGACCUGACAAGCCUCGAGAUCUUGGGAAGGGGUUGCUGGCUUACAGAGGCUACUACUCAAGCGUUCGACCAUCAAUCGGCAGACUGCUGGUGAACAUCAACGUCACAGCUGGAGCCUUCUAUCAGCCCUUCGCCGUUAUCGACUUGCUUCGGGCAAGCGGCAUACCGUUCCAGCAACUCGGGCUGUGCGAAGCCUUCAUUCGUAUGCUCAAGGUGCGCGCGGUGUACAAGGUGAGAGGACAGCCAGACAUGGUCAAGAUCAAGACCAUUGUUGGCUUCGCCCCUGGCCCGGGUCGCGACCGCCCUAACCGCGGACCUCGUUUCGGCGAUGCGAGAGCUGUCCACUUCGACCUCAACACCAAGGACGCCAACGGCAAUACCUCUCAAACGCGCCGUAUCAGCGUCUUCGACUACUGGAAGGACGAGCGUGGGAUUGUCAUUCAACGGCCGGAGCUUCCAGUCCUCAAUGUUGGCACACCGAAGGAUCCGCAGUACAUGCCCAUGGAGAUAUGCCAGGUUCUCCCAGGUCAACAAUACAAGCGAAUGCUUCAAGGUCCACAGACGACCGAGAUGCUUACCUUCGCCGCCCGCAAGCCAGCAGACAAUGCCAUGUCUAUCGCAGGUACUCCAGGCAGUGGACUGAAAGUGUUCGGCCUUGCAGGCGACACGCAGCGCCAGUUUGUGAAUCGCUUCGGCAUCAGUGUUGGAAAAGACAUGAUCACAGUCCCAGGCCGGAUUCUGGACACCCCCGAAGUCAGGUACAAGAACAACAAUUCUUUGCGGCCGGACAACGGCUCCUGGAACCUGACGAAGAAGGUUUUCGAGGCUGGUGGCUCGUUCUCGAAGUGGCAGAUCUUGGUCAUCAACCCCCAAAGGGGCGAAGCCCUUCAAGCCAAGCCGGACCCAAGAAGUGGUCUCAACGACGCACAGUCAACACUCGCAGAACUACCUCGCACAGUCAGCAGAUACGGAGUUCGACUUGGACAGCAAGCACCCACUCAGUAUAUCCGACUUGACUUUCUUGAUGCUCCCAAUCGCGCGAGCAACGAAUCGAAGAUUGUCCAGGCUUUCAAGAAGGCUCAACAAGCAGGUGUGAGCAUGCUCUUCGUCGUGCUGCCGGAAGCCGACAAGUGGCUCUAUGCCCGGAUCAAGUACAACGGCGAUGUUGGAGCGGGGAUUCACAGCGUUUGUGCUGUGGGCUCCAAGCUUCAAACCGGGAAGGGUCAACCAAUGUUCUUCGCCAAUUUGGGCCUCAAGUUCUGUAUCAAAGGCAAAGGGGUACCACACAAGGUGCCGAACACGCUGAGUGCUCCGCUGGACAACAACACCAUGCUUAUGGGCAUCGACGUCACGCAUCCUUCGCCCGGGAGCAAGCAGGGUGCUCCAAGUAUCUCAGCCGUCGUUGCCAGCACCGACGCCGACCUCGCUCAGUGGCCUGGCAGCAUUCGUCUUCAGACUGGGAUGCAAGAGAUGGUGCAAGGCCUCGCUACCAUGGUCAUCGAGCGGUUGAGGCUGUGGCUGAAGAAGAACGGCUCUCUUCCCACAAAGAUCGUUCUUUACCGCGAUGGUGUGUCUGAAGGCCAGUACGGUCUCGUCCUUCGCCAUGAGCUUCCCGCCUUCCACGAGGCCUUCAAACAGCUCUACGGUGCGGAAGACAAGUGGCCGGCGAUGGCGAUCAUCAUUGUCGGGAAGCGUCAUCACACACGGUUCUACCCGACCAAGGAGGCAGAAGCAGACCGCCGCUCCAAGAACCCAGCACCUGGCACAAUCGUCGAUCGUGGCAUUGCCGGCAAGAUCCUGUCAGAGUUCUGGCUGCAGGCUCACCACGGUUUGCAAGGCACAGCGCGCCCAGCUCACUAUGUCGUGAUCAAAGAUGACAUCAAGUUCGAAGCAGACCAGCUUCAGGGCUUCACGCACAAGCUGUGCUACCUUUUCAACCGGGCGACCAAGGCCGUGAGCAUCUGCCCUCCCGCCUACUACGCCGACUUGCUGUGUGAGCGCGGCAGGGCGUACCUCUUCACGACUUUGGCGGAGAACACCGAGCGAGCAGCCGAUUCCUCUGACAACUCGUCCAAUGCUGGUCCCGCUCCCUUGACACCUGCAGCUCAGAUUGCUCUUGGCUGGAGCCGUCCUGGUGCAGUGCACCCCAACUUGGCUGAGUCCACUUGGUACAUCUAG